ACGAGAGGCAGGUUGAUAUCAAUGUAAUGUAAUGUGGGGUGAGUGUGUGGCGGAUAGACCGACGGUGAAGGUGAGAGUCAACGUGCCGGAGCCGAGACCCGCGGAAUUCUCUGUUCCCAAGUUAUGGAAACUUGCUGUCAAGUCACAACUUGAAUUAUUACAAGACUCGUCUACUCAAUUUCCUGUCAACAGUAAAGGUGGAAACAUUUACCUACACAACAUCGAUCAAGUAACCCACAUCAGACAAAUGAGACACAUCAUACUGCAAGCUCAGACACAAAUACAGUUUUUGGAAACAGAUUUUUCUUCAAAUGAGGAUUUUGAUUUUCCCAAGUGCCCGGCACCUCCUCAGCGAUUCCAUCCUGAACGAUUAGCACCGGUGAGAAGUUAUGGGGUGCCAGCAGUGUUCUCGUCCGCUCUGAAGUGUGAAAAGAAGACAAAGAGUAAAGAGCCCGUAGCAUUGCUCGAUCGUCACAGAGCUCACAGAAUAACUCGAAAGGCAGUGGAGCUGUCGUUAGCUCACAGCGGAUUUGACUUUGCUUCGGAUGCUGCUGUUGAAGUUCUGUCAGACGUUGUUGGUGAUCACAUGUCUAAACUGUGUCGCCUUCUUAGAGCAGCCAGAGAUGACGAAGGCUUGCAUGGAUCAUGUGGAUUUGCUGAUUGUGUGGAGAGAAUGCUCUAUGAAGUUGGGAUAUCUGGAGUGGCAGACUUGCAGAAGCAUUGGCUGAGUAAUACGUGGGAAUAUGGUGUGAGACUGCAGGAGACGUCAGACGGUCUGCACAGAGAAUACGAGAAACUAUUGGCAAGAUGGCAGGAACUGAAGUCUGGUUCAGGAACUGACCAACAAGAGAUGGCUAGUGAUGAUACUCAACCAGACGACUGGCAAGCAUGUAAUAUUGAUGGUGAAGAAGAGCAAACAGCUUCUGGAGUAGAAGACCUUGGAGAUCCAUUGGAGAGCAAUGACAUUGUGACUGCUGUUGAUGUGUCGGUCGCUAAUGAUUCGGGUCAAGUGGCAGAUGAGUUGGCGCAUGAUGUGGUGCCAGCUAACGUGUCUCAUCAAAAGACUAGAAAACGGUGCAAGUCACGUUCAGCUUCAGCAUCAUCUCCUCGCAAAAAAAGGAAAGGUUAGUUGGUGGCUACCCAAAAAAUUGGAGCUCAAGCUGUUAAUGUUUGACCAGCAAUACACAGUGAGAAUGUGCAUAAAAUCUAACUCUAAAGUAGCAGAUACUUGAAACAAUCCUGCAUGCAGUCAUUGUAUUUUAUGUAGUGAAAUAUUUACUUACAGCAUACAGAGAGAGAGAGGCAAGUGAGUAGGCAGCAGUCAGUUGUACAUCCAUGAAACGAGUGAGCUGCCACCAUU